AUGUUCCCGCAAUAUCAGAUUAUUAACCUCGAUGCCAAAGCUUCAUUUUACAGCUACGCAGCUCUAGUACAUCUUCGAAAGAAUCGAGAGAUUCUUCUUUCUCAUGAUGUUACUGUAAAUUUCAUCCCCGUCUUCCUCGGCGGCAUCAAUCACGGCUCGGGAAAUAAACCCCCUUGGACUCUUCCCGCCAAAGCCAAGUACAGCAAAUUCGAUAGUGCUCGUACGAUAUUAUACCAUGGACUUCCGAACCUCCAACCCUCGGAGUUUUUUCCACCUGUGACUCUUUUUCCCCAAAGAGCACUCUGUCUCAUCAAAUCCCGCUAUCCUCAAGACAUUUUUGAGAAAACAUGGCAAUGUAUAUUCGAUGCUUUAUGGGUGCCACCACAGAAAAACAUCACGAUUCCUGAGCAAUUCCGGGAGUUCUUGAAUGGGCUGGAUUCGUUUGAUGAGAAACAGGUGGAGGAGAUUAUGGAAAAAGCGACGGAGAAGGAGUGGAAGGAUACAUUGAUGGCGAAUACGAAAGAUGCGUUGGAUAAGGGUGCUUUUGGGGCACCGUGGUUGUGGGUGAGGAAUGGAGAGGGGAAGGAAGAACCGUUUUUUGGGAGUGAUAGGUUUCAUUUCAUUUGGAGAUUUUUGGGGGUGGAGUUUAGGGAUGUGGAGAUUGUUGAGAAGGGGGAGAAGGGGGAGAAGGGGGAGAAGGGGGAGAAGGCGAGAUUGUGA